AUGUAUCCCUAUCAAAAUAAUUCUCAGCCGUAUGGUUCUGGCUAUGGAUUAGAUCCUAAUCAAUCGUCCGGAUUCGGAUAUCCUUCUUACCCAAACAACAACCAAGGAGCUCCGUACCCUCCAAGUGGACCAGGAUAUCCUACGAAUCAAAACUCCAUUCCAGGUUACGUUCCACAAUAUCCUGGAGCUUACAGCGGAACACCAGUUUAUCAACAAAGCACACCUUACCCACCGGCUGAUAAUCGACCUUAUAAUCAGUAUGGAAGUGGUAUACCACCUCCAGUACAACCUUCAUACAAUCCCACUCCAUCUUUUGGCUCAUUGUAUGAAACACCAUAUGGCGGAUCGAAUUCUACUUUUUCUGCGAAUAACAAUACAUCGCCGUACCCAAACACCCACGAUUACAAUGCUCAGUCACAGCCGAUGUCUGGCAGUAUGUAUCCAAAUUUACAAUCUCAGAAUUCAUAUCCAUCCGCUUCAUAUGUGAAUAGCGGUGUGGUAUUUCAACAGAUCGAACAACAGCCAUCGAUUAUGUUAGCAAGUUUAGAGCAAUACCAAGGCACAAUACGUCCGUUUCAGACGUUUAAUGCUGAUGCAGAUUGUCGAGCACUAAGACAAGCUAUGCGAGGAGCGGGAACGGACGAAAAUGCCAUUAUUCAAAUUAUUGCAAAUAGAUCCAACGCACAGCGACAACAAAUUAAACUCGAAUGGAAAACACAAUAUGGAUCAGCAAAGAAAGAUUUAGAAAAAGAACUGAGUGGAAAUUUUAAAGAAACAAUAAUGGCUUUAUUUACUAUUCCACAUUAUUAUGAAGCAUGGACCUGUCACCAGGCUUUGCGUGUAAAUAUCAAAUCUGCAAGUAAAGAGGGUGCACUUCGAGAAAUAUUGUUAACACGGACAAAUGCUGAAAUUCGUGCCAUUGUUGCUGAAUAUAAACGAGUAUAUCAAAAGGAUUUGGAGAAUGAAAUCAGUCAAAGAUUAAGUGGUGAUUUCAAACGUCUAUUAAUAUCAGCAGUUCAAGCAAAUCGUGAAGAAUUAUCACCACAACAAAUUCAACAAGCAAGACAAUCUGGUAUUGAAAGUGUUAUUAAUCGGGAACAAGCAAGACAAGAUGCAGAAGAAUUGUAUCGGGCAGGAGCGGCAAAAAUUGGUACUGAUGAAAAAACAUUUAAUGCAAUAUUUUCUCGUCGAAGUUAUUAUCAAUUACGAGCUAUAUUUGAAGAAUAUCAAAAGAAACAUCGUAAAGAUAUCAUGAAAGUUAUUGAAAGUGAAUUUUCUGGACAUAUUAAAGAGUCGUAUAAAACAUUGAUUUUAUGUAUUCGUGAUCGUCCAUGCUUUUUUGCUGAUCGACUUCAUCAUGCUCUAAGCGGUCUAGGUACAAAAGAUUCAACAUUAAUACGUGUGAUUGUUACACGUUCAGAAAUUGAUCUUGUUCAAAUUAAAGAACGUUAUCAACAAAUGUUUAAACGAAGUUUAGCACAAGCUGUUGCUUCCGAUACAUCGGUACGAUUACAACAAUCAUCAUUUUUUCGUCAAUUUUCAUUGUUUAACAAUGAUGAUGAUAAUCUAACAGUAAGAGAUUCUCGAGCAACCUAUGAAUCAAUAAAAUCAUCGACACAUGAGAUAGAAACAUUUCGAGAAACGAAAGAUGUACCAUUACAUUUUUCAUCAACAGAUAUACAAUGUGGUAAAACAAUUACGUGUAAUACUGACAUGGUUAAUUUUUUAUCGAAUAAAAUUUCAUCAUCCUAUUGGAAAGAACGUCAGUCAAAGAGUGAUCUAGAAAAAGCACAUGAAAAACUAAUAAAUUUACGUACAAUGUUGCAAAGUAUGAAUAAUAAUUAUGUCAUGGUCUAUUCAACAUUGGUUGAACAUAGAAUAAUAUUGACGAAUAUAUGUCGAGAAACACAGACAACAUUAUUAACAGCAUAUAGAGCAGAAGAAAAUGAAAGAAUAAAACAAUUUUAUUUGAAAAAACAACGAGAAUUACGAAGAAGAAAUCAAAUGUUUAUUGUUAUCAUAUUGUGCACAAUUCUAUUUGUAUGCACAACUGCAAUUAUUUGGCGAUUUAAUAGUAACUAA